AUUUAAAGGUAUUCUGGCCGCCGGCCUCACCGACUCUCUCACUCGGUUCACUCUUCAUCUGGCUACUUACAAACCGUAUUCUAGAGGAACCAGAGCUGCAGCAUGGCAUCCGUUGAAACUUUUACUCUCAACAACCUUAUCUGUGAUAUAAGAAGCUGACCACAGACCCUCACCCACGCGCCUUUGGACCUUGACACCUACAUCAUCAUUCUUCAACUCGUCUCAUCGUAGAGUUCCAAUUGAUCCUCCAACACAAAAGCAACUGGGCUCACAAGCCACGGCUGACCUGGAAUCACUCUCAAUGGACUCCACCGACAGCGACGCUUCGACGAUACUGACGGACUACCCAGCAUCGAGUCCCUCGAGGCCGUCCUCCGCCUCGUCCGCUCCCUCUCUAGCAGCAACAUUUGACGGCAAACCAAAGCCGCUGCUCUCGGGCGCUGCCACCUCUGUGCACUUUGAGAUCUGUGAUACCCCCACGGCCGGCCGCGCCGUCUUCGCCGCCAGGGACAUCGCCGCGAACACCCUGCUAUGGCGCUCAGACGACCUCACCGUGUCCUCCCUCCUGCAGGAGUACAGGCGUGAGGUCUGCGGGCAGUGCUUUGCUUACAACUACGGCAGAGACCUGAGAAUCCAGGACCACAUCGUGGGCUUCGCCUUCUGCUCGGACGAGUGCCAGGGGACGUGGCGGCAAGAGAAUGGUGAGGUAGGUGUCCGGGCCUGGGCCGAGGUGAAGAAGCUGGCCAAGAGGAAGAGCAAAGAGGACAGCGAGCUGGUGGACAUUGACUUGCCGCGACCGACCCCAGAGGAGAUUGCGCAAGCAUGGGACGCUACCAAGACGCAGGCGGAUCUGAUACUGACGUUCAGAAUGACGGAGCUCGCAAACGACGUCGAAGGCGGACCGCGGAACCUGACGUUGAACGGUAACGGCAACGGCAACGGGCCGAUCACAAAGCAGCAUCGCAAAGCCGUCCAGAAGGCGCUCCAACAACCCGUCCACGCAGACAUCAUGGGCUUCUGCGUCAGCGGCAUCAUCGCCCAGUACCAGGCCCCGCAGAGGUGGGAGCACGUACUCUCCCUGGCCGUCGACCCGACGCCCUACUCCAGCGCCGACGACCUGCGCGCCUUCACCCGCACCUACCUGCACCUGCUCGCCGUCCUCCCGCCGCAGCUGCUCCCCUUCACGACGCCGCAGUCGCUGCUGACCCUCUCCUCGCGCGACAGCCACAACGCUUUCGGCAUCCGGUCGCUCGAGGACGAGGGGUCCGAGCUCUUCGGGCACGGCUGCUGGCCCGCUGCCAGCUACUUCAACCACUCGUGCGGCCCCAACGUCAACAAGAGGCGCGAGGGCCGCGCGUGGGAGUUCCGCGCGUCGAGGGACGUCGGCAAGGGGGAGCAGCUGUGCAUCACCUACCUGGGCGGAGAGGAGAAGGCGAUGCCGAGGGAGACGAGGAUGUCGACGCUGAGGAGGAAUUGGGGCUUCGAGUGCGGGUGCAAGAGGUGCGAGGAGGGGCCAGCUGUAUAGCGGGUGUUGUCUGACUGGGCAGAUCAAUGUCUGCGUAAAAUCAUGGAUUCGGUGCCCCCGUAUGGAAAUGGGUGCCGCCCGGUUCUGUUGUAUACAGGAUUGAUAGAGUAGAUACAAAAGGCUACAUGACCUAUUUUGUUCGUAUUUCUUCCAGUGAGGCGGCUCGCAUUUGUUUG